AGUGCGUUCAGGUUUUAAGGUAAAGAUGGGUCGUCUCCCCAUUGUAUUUUUGUGCUUAGUUUUUGCAUCCACUGUGGUGUAUGCUGAAAAAGAUCCAGAGGAAGAUUUUCGUAAGCUUCCAAAGCUCUUUCACUUGGAUGACUACAACAAAUGUCUGGCCAGGCAGGAUGGGAUCUACUGCCUCGGAAUGUUCGAAAUCUACAACGAUGUCACACCCAAUCCACUUUAUGACUUGAUACAGGAAAAGGCUCAAGACAGAUACCUGUACAACCGCUCGCUUCUCCACCGCGGGUACUGCUUACCCACGCGCUGUCCGAGCAACGAAACGAACGCGAGCGCGCGCUUCGAACGCUGCGUGGACACGUGGGCGCGAACGCACGCGCUGCGCACGCGCUUGCUAAAGCUGCACUAUUGCCACGCGCACGCGCAGCCGCGCCCGAACGAACCCGACACGAAUGACGCAGCGCACCGAGCCUUUCUCUACUUCAUAUACUUAAUGAUCGCCAUGGCGGGAGUUGGAACGGUCUACGAUGUAUUCUUCGCCAAAAAGGGCAGCAAAAACCCAUACCUGAUGUCCUUUGCACCUAGAAUUAACUGGAACCAUCUAGUAUCCAAUUAUCAAGAUGUAGACCCACGUCUGAGACAACUCGAAGUUUUUCAUUUAAUAAGGUACCUCAUGGGAGUCGGUUUAAUUAAUUACCACGUUAUUAUUCUGACCACAGCAGUUUACCAGAACGACCCAAGAUAUUAUGAAAAGCUUCUAUCUUCCCGUACUGGUUUCGUCUACGGAGCGACAAUGACGUACACCCUGACUUUCGUGACGAUGUCGAACUUCUUGACAGGCUACAAUUUACUGCUGCUGUCUGAGAAGAUUAAAGUCAGCUGGAAAAUGUUCCCUCUGCUCAUGAUUAAAAGGAUCAUCAGGAUGUAUCCAGUAUACUUAUUGCUGCUCGGAUUCGGCGCAACCUGGUGGAAAAGCAUGGGCGACGGCCCUAUGUGGCCUCUGAUAUUAGCCAACGAGAGCGACGUCUGCCGAAAGAAGUUCUGGAUCAGUGCUGGAUUCCUCCAAACAUUUUUCCGCAGAAAAGAACUAUGCUUAGUUCAAACUUGGAUAAUGGCGGUAGACAUGCAGAUACACCUCUUCACACUACUCUUAAUCUUAGUGCUGUUGAAGUACCGACAGCAUGCUGUCAAAGUAAUCUCGGCUUUAUUCGUGGUAGCUACCGCCAUUCUUGCCCACCAGGCUUAUAAGCAUGAAUUGGUAUCUACCUACCUGUAUGUUACACCUGAGGUCUUCCGAAACUUCUUCAUCGGUGCAGAUUCAUUUUUCGACCUCUAUAUACACCCGGUCGGUGCGUUAAUAGCGGCUUUAGCAGGGGUUAUGUUAGCGUUCGUUCACAAGGACCACCAGGAACGGAACGUUAAUAUUAACAACUCUAAGAUCCUGAUAGUAAUGCAUCACCUUGCGCUUCCUCUAUUGUAUUACUGGUGGGACCUAAGCUACGUCUACUUUAGGCAUUACGAGAAAUCUACCCAACACUUGAUGGUAGUCAUAGACAGGCUGUUUACCGCUUCGCUGGCCAGCUUCUUAUUGUACUCCUUAAUUAACUACAAAGGUUUAACACAUCGCAUCUGCUCCUGGCGUGGCCUGAGGGUUAUCACGAGGCUGUCUUUCUCCGCCACCAUGAUCCACUGGUGCAUCAACUGCUGGCUUCUAGCCAAUCGGACGACACUUCACGACUCGUCGAUGGCAUACAUUAUACUGGACACCAUCGGAGUGCACGUGCUGUCCAAUAUAGUCGCUUUUCCCGUGACUAUGUUCAUCGAAUAUCCAAUGCAAAAGUUCCUGGACCGGGUCAUCAACAACACGGGACAUCGGUGGUUCGCGCCUCUGAAAGAGAAAUCCCUGAUAAGAAACACCAGUAUUAAUGGCGCUAAAAAUUCUGCAGAACCGACCACUAAUAAAACCAACUCAAGACAAGAAUUGAAAGCUGAAUAGUAAAUUAGAAUAAUAAAUACUAACGCCCGUAUUCACAAACGAUGCUUGUCGAACGCAAAGCAUUGAAUAGAGCUCUAUGAUUGGUUCGUGUGUCACCCUGUACCACGCGCACUGUGAGACCUCAUAGUAAUGUUUGUGAAUAAGGGGGUAAAACUACUAAAAAUACCAAAGGCCAUGCUGGUCUAACAGUUUAUUUAUUUAACUGUUCCCAAUUCUCUGUCCUAUACCUACCUGAAACUCCUAUGUAACAAUAAGGAUCUAUAAGCUUGACUACCAAUUUUUAUAAAGAAAACACUGUUUCUCUUCUCUUAUCGAAA